UUUCAAAGCAGGGCUCUGCAUUCCUGCAGGUGAUGUGUGUUUUACCUGACUGAGCCAAGAUUUAAAGUUGAACUGAAUAAGAUAUUUUUGCUCUGCUGUAAUUUCAAGGACAUGGCACCAUUUGCACUCCUGAAGAUUAUUGCUUUCCUGCCACUGGUUGACGGCGCCGGUGUCCGGCUGGCGAAUGGUAGCAGCUGCUCUGGGAGAGUUGAAGUUCAUCAUGACGGCCACUGGGGGUCAGUGUGCGACGAUGGCUGGGACUCUCUGGACGCUCGGGUUGUGUGCAGAGAGCUGGGCUGCGGUGACGUGGUUUCAGCACCAGGGGGCGCACACUUCGGCAGAGGGGUCGGUCCGGUGUGGGUGUACAACGCAACCUGCACUGGUUCCGAAUCCUCCCUCACCCAGUGUGUAAACCCGGGAGUCGGGACAAGCAACUGCAACCACGGAGAGGAUGCAGGAGUCGUCUGUGCAGGUUUUCCGUGCCCUGCCUCCUCCAGUGUUCUUGUCUCCAGGGUCCACGCUGCCGUCAUAAUCUGUGGUCUGAUUGGAAUGAUCUCAGCCAUCAUCUUCACAGAGGUCAAGACCAGGCGACAGGGGGCAGAGUUUUAAAGGAGCUGCAUCGUUGCACUGUGUGAAUUGGGGUUUAUUGCCGCUGUCUAUGUUCACUGCACUGUGUGAAUUGCUUUGAAUGAACUGUACCGUGCAGGAGCGUUCCUUUCUGAAAGCGCAGAAGCUUUCAGCCACUGCUUUUAAGGUUGACCAGUGAUGAUGUUAAUAAAGUUAAAAAAAUGUUAAGAACAUGUUUUGUUUUUAAAGUCUUGAUUAGCACUGGUUUAUAAUACAGUAGUAUUCCCCUUUGCAUUUUUUUGUUGUAAUAAACACGUCAACAGACUCAACUUCCAAGGCAUUUAUUUGCAAAGGUACACAGCAUAUCUGAAAAGCUUUCCUGUACACACAUUAUAAGAGUUUACGCUCACAGCCUGCCAUUUACAAUGACUACAGUUUGUUUUUCAUCCUCUAUUAGUCCAGCAUUAAAGCAAACAAUAAUUGAAAGGAGGUCCAACCUGCUUUGAAUUCAUUUAUGAGUUAUUCUUAGACCCCUUGUCAGGGCACGUUGCUCAAGUCUAGCGGAUAUCUCUCAAAAGGCUUUCCACUACAGUAGAAUGUGUAUGUAAGAAAACUAAG